GCGCGAUAAGAGAGGAGGACCGAUCGUGACGUUUCCUGCUAGAAGUAACCACGACCGAAUAAAACAGGAAGACCUGAGGAGGCUGGUGACCUACCUGUCUACUGUUCCCAGUGAGGAUGUAUGUAAACGUGGUUUCACCGUCAUCAUCGACAUGCGUGGUUCUAAGUGGGAGCUGAUCAAGCCUCUGCUGAAGACCCUGCAGGAGUUUUUCCCCGCUGAGAUCUGUGUGGCGCUCAUCAUCAAGCCGGACAACUUCUGGCAGAAACAGAAGACCAAUUUUGGCAGUGCGAAGUUCUCGUUUGAGACCAGCAUGGUGUCAGUUGAAGGUCUGUCUAAGCUGGUGGACCCCUCCCAGCUGACGGACGACUUUGAAGGCUCUCUGGACUACAACCAUGAUGAGUGGAUGGAGCUGAGAGUCUCCCUGGAGGAGUUCAUCUCCAACGCUGCUCACCUGCUGUCCCGUCUGGAAGACCUGCAG